AUGCGUCUACUCAAACUCGAAAAUGACGGAAGCAUUCGCCUGACUAAAGACCUGGUGAACAACAUACCUCCAUAUGCCAUACUUUCGCACACGUGGGGCGACGAUGAAGAUGAGGUUACCUUCCAAGGCAUCACAAAAGGAACAGGAAGGAGCCAACGCGGCUAUAAGAAGAUUGAGUUUUGCUGCAAGCAGGCUGCCCAGGACAACUUGGAUUACUCCUGGGUGGAUACUUGCUGUAUCGACAAAUCCAACAGCACCGAACUCAAUGAGGCUAUCAACUCCAUGUUUCGCUGGUACCAAUAUGCGACAAGAUGCUACGUUUACCUGUCCGAUGUCUCCAAGAGUGUCAAUCUACAAGUCGAUGAACUGUCACGACCAGUGUGGAAGUCGGGUUUCCGAAAUAGCCGAUGGUUUACACGGGGCUGGACGCUUCAAGAGCUAAUUGCACCGUCGUCAGUGGAGUUCUUCGGAUCAGACAAUCAGCGACUAGGUGACAAGGCAUCGCUAGAAGUACUGCUUUAUGAUAUAACAGGGAUCCCAGCCAAUGCUCUUCGAAACGGUCCGCUGCCUGAUUUCAGCAUCGAUGAGCGAAUGACAUGGUCCAGAGGCCGGGAGACAAAACGUCCAGAAGACAAGGCCUACUCCCUUAUGGGUAUAUUUAAUGUUCAUAUGCCGCUCAUCUAUGGCGAGGGAGAGGACAAGGCUCUCAUUCGACUGCGAAAAAAGAUUGAUUCGUCUUUGAAGUCGGUGCUUGACAAAGUCCCCGUCGUUCAAGGAGCAGCCUUCGAUUCCCACGCCGAAGAACACAAUCCAACCUGCCAUCCAGAUACAAGAGUCGGCCUCUUACGUGCGAUAUCGGAAUGGGCGAAGAACACUCGAGCAGAAGCCGUGUUCUGGCUGAACGGCAGGGCCGGUACUGGCAAGUCAACCAUAUCACGCACCUUGGCAGCCUCUAUUUCCAAGGACGGUUACCUUGGCGCUAGCUUCUUUUUCAAGAGGGGUGAAGGCGAUCGCGGAGGGGUAUCCAAGUUUUUCACUACGCUGGCUGCACAGCUGAUCAAGAAAAAGCCAGCACUUGCCUCGCACGUCAAGGAUGUUAUCGACACCGACCCUGAUAUCUUUAGCAAAACACUUCGAGAACAGUUCGAAAAGCUUAUCCUUGAACCUCUGUCAAAGAUUCCCCAAGAUACUGGGAAAUCUAACACCCUUGUUUUCGUAAUCGACGCCCUCGACGAAUGCGAAUCAGACAGAGACGUCAAACUUAUUAUCCAUCUGUUUUCUCGCGCUAACGCUUCACAAUGUCCGCAACUACGAAUAUUUAUAACAAGCAGGCCCGAAUUACCUAUUCGUCUUGGUUUCAGCGACAUCAAGGGAACCUACCAAGACCUGGCCUUACAUGAAAUGCCCCAGCCAGUGAUGCGGCAUGAUUUAUCUGCGUAUUUCAAGUACGAGCUGGCGAGGAUCAGGGACGAUUAUAAUCAGUCCGUGUCAACAGAGCGACAACUGCCGCCCAAGUGGCCUCAACAAUCGGAAAUUCAAAAACUGGUGGAAAUGGCGAUUCCUCUCUUCAUCUUCGCUGCAACGACAUGCCGUUUUCUUGCCGAUCGUAACGGUGGCAACCCUGCCAGAAAGCUUCACAAGGUCCUGGUGCACCGAACCACACGUCAAGAAUCCAAGUUGGAUGGGACCUACUUGCCUGUUCUGAACCAAAUGGUUGCAGGUUGUUCUAUUCGGGAGAGAGAUGAGGCCAUACGCGAGUUUCAAAAUAUCGUAGGCUCAAUCGCUAUCCUCGCGAGCCCCCUAUCAACUUCAGCAUUGGCGAGAAUGCUUAAUGUGGCACAAGACAUUAUUGAUGCUAGGUUAGACCUGCUUCAUUCGGUGCUUAGCAUCCCUUCGUCCUCAACCUCACCUGUACGACUAUUCCACCUCUCAUUUCGCGACUUCCUUUUGGACCCGGCAAAGCGUCAAAGUCUGUUCUGGGUGGACGAGAAGAAGACUCACAAGCAGCUGGUAACGCAGUGUCUACGAAUAAUGAACGAGAAUCUCCAGACAGACAUAUGCAAAGUACAGUGGCCGGGAACUCCGCAAGCAUCUAUUGAAUCUCGGACAAUAAACAGCAACCUACCGCCAGAACUUCAAUAUGCAUGCCAAUACUGGAUCUUCCAUGCUGAGCGAGCCGGCGACCAAGUACAUGAUGGUGGUCCAGUCCACGACUUCUUAAGGCAGCACUUUCUUCACUGGACGGAAACAUUGAGCCUAAUGGGAAAGGCCACAGAAAUUCUUCAGAAUAUCAAGGUGUUGCAGUCACUUUCUCAGGCAAAGACUAGCAUAGAGACGUUAAUGUUUCUUACGGAUGCAGCACGCUUUAUUCUUGCAAACAUGUCGUUGAUAUCAUCAUGGCCUCUCCAAACAUACUGCUCAGCACUGGUUUUUGCACCAGCAAAUAGUAUCAUACGUACUAUCUUCCAACUGGAACUUCCUCAAUGGAUAUCUCUUCUCCCAAAAGUGGAAGCGCAGUGGGACACGUGCCUGCAGACGCUCGAGGGCCACGGCGGCACGGUCUGGUCGGUCGCGUUCUCGCCCGACUCGCGGCUCGUGGCGUCGGGGUCGGUCGACAGGACGGUCCGGCUCUGGUCGGCCGAGACGGGGGUGCUGCAGCAGACGCUCGAGGGCCACGGCGGCUCGGUCAGCUCGGUCGCGUUCUCGCCCGACUCGCGGCUCGUGGCGUCGGGGUCGGUCGACAGGACGGUCCGGCUCUGGUCGGCCGAGACGGGAGCGCUACAGCAGACGCUCAAGGGCCACGGCGACUGGGUCAGCUCGGUCGCGUUCUCGCCCGACUCGCGGCUCGUGGCGUCGGGGUCGCACGACAAGACGGUCCGGCUCUGGUCGGCCGAGACGGGAGCGCUGCAACAGACGCUCAAGGGCCACGGCGACUGGGUCAGCUCGGUCGCGUUCUCGCCCGACUCGCGGCUCGUGGCGUCAGGGUCGCACGACAAGACGGUCCGGCUCUGGUCGGCCGAGACGGGGGCGCUGCAACAGACGCUCGAGGGCCACGGCGACUGGGUCAGCUCGGUCACGUUCUCGCCCGACUCGCGGCUCGUGGCGUCAGGGUCGCACGACAAGACGGUCCGGCUCUGGUCGGCCGAGACGGGGGCGCUGCAGCAGACGCUCGAGGGCCACGGCGGCAGGGUCAGCUCGGUCGCGUUCUCGCCCGACUCGCGGCUCGUGGCGUCGGGGUCGCACGACAGGACGGUCCGGCUCUGGUCGGCCGAGACGGGGGCGCUGCAGCAGACGCUCGAGGGCCACGGCGGCACGGUCAGCUCGGUCGCGUUCUUGCCCGACUCGCGGCUCGUGGCGUCGGGGUCGGUCGACAGGACGGUCCGGCUCUGGUCGGCCGAGACGGGGGCACUGCAGCAGACGCUCGAGGGCCACGACAGCUCAGUCAGCUCGGUCGCGUUCUCGCCCGACUCGCGGCUCGUGGCGUCGGGGUCGCACGACAGGACGGUCCGGCUCUGGUCGGCCGAGACGGGGGCACUGCAGCAGACGCUCGAGGGCCACGGCGGCACGGUCAGCUCGGUCGCGUUCUCGCCCGACUCGCGGCUCGUGGCGUCGGGGUCGCACGACAGGACGGUCCGGCUCUGGUCGGCCGAGACGGGGGCGCUGCAGCAGACGCUCGAGGGCCACGGCGGCUCGGUCUGGUCGGUCAUGUUCUCGCCCGACGGCCUUUCUCUUCAAACCGAUGCGGGUGCUAUCUCCCUUGAUGGUUCACAACAACAUAUGACGACUUCCGCAUCUGCGAUAGGGACUGGAUAA